GAUGAAGAUGAGGAGGAGAGAGAGAUGAGGAAAAAGCUAUCAGCUAUGAUUGUUAACCAAAAGGAAUUCGCGAUUGCUUUAGUUUGUUGGUGAACAUAAAAGUGAUAAAGUUUGUUGUUGUAUGUAAAAAGCUGCGCAUGAAAAAGGGAAUCAUUUGGACUCCAUUUUAACCCAUGAAAGAGGACAAUUGGAAUAUUUAGUGUCGAAAAAUUCUGUGUGUGCCAAAACAUCAUCCAAGAGAGGAAAGACCAAGAAGAAGAAGAAGAAGAAGAAGAGGAAAGAAGAAGAUAAAUGAGAGAAAGAGAGGAAAGAAAGUGGUUAAAAGUGGUGAUAAGUGAAAGUGUUUUUAGACGUUGUAAGUUUACUGGUGAUAACCCAAUGAAACCCAAUCAUGAUAUUCAACUUUCAAUGUUGUCCUCUGUUUUUUUAAACUCAACAUUCUGACAACAUUCUGUCAUUGUUGUGCCAACAAUCAACUCUCAUCUUCAACACUAAUCAUCAUCAUCUUCAUCACCCUCACCUGUUUAUAUCCAUCAUCAUUAACACCAACAACAAUAACAUCUUGUUUGCCUUGUUCAUUUACCUUAAUUUUAUCCUCUUUUUUUGUCCUCUCAUAUGAUUAUGACAACUUGAACAACCCAAUUUUAUACCCAACACAAUCAUCAUUACCGUUUCGUUUUCGGAGAACAUUUUCUUUUCUUUAAAAAUCUUUCUUCUCCUCCAAUCAUUUUCAAGUUUAAUUGUAUAAUUUUCACGUAAAUUUCAGUGAAUUUCAACUUUAAUUUCAAAGGCAACAACUAAAUGGACAGCAAAGUGCUUUCUUCCCUUCUAUUCAUCGCCCAAUUGAUUCCCUUACUCUUAGAUUAUGAAUAAAUUGAAUCAGUUUAAUUUACCUUUAAUUUCAACCCAAAAAUCAUUUUAAUGUACAUCAAGCAAAUGUGAAAAGAUGGAUUAAGGUUCAUUUGGAUGUUUUUGCCCAGUUUUUGUGCUCUUUUCCAGUCUCUUUUGUUUCCAUCCUUCAUCUAAUCCCAGUUUUUUUUCAGCCAACAGAUUAAUUAUGCUGAAUAACCGAUCAAAAUAGAUGUAAUAACAAUAGUCAAUACAAGUUUACUUGCUCUCUACUCUUCACCUUUUAUUUGGAUACUUUUGAUUAACCCAUUAAACUCAUUGUGCAAGGUUCAAUGUUUGGCUUCUAACUCUCAUAAUGAAACAAUCAAUCAAUCAAUUGUUGCCCAAUUAACCCUGGAUUGGUGAUUAGUUUUUACCAAUUUAUUUACAAGGCUUAAGGUGACAAACGGUUAACCGGUAAAUAGUUUUGGACAGUUUUGGGUUAGAAACUGAAAUAGCAACAAAAAGAUGAUCUCAAGACGUGGAUUCCUUCGUCUAGAGGAUGAAAUUGGUGCUCGUGAUGCCACUUUUUUGGAUCCUUUGACCGAAGAAAAUUUCAUUGCCAAUCUUUAUCAGCGAUUCAAACGGGACCAAAUAUAUACUUACAUUGGAACUAUGGUCAUCUCGAUAAAUCCGUACAAAAAUUUGGGCAUUUAUUCAAAUGAAGUCAUUACUGCUUAUCAACAUCACAAUAUGUUGGAAUUGCCUUCACAUAUUUAUGCUCUUACUGAGUUUGCGUUUCAAUCCAUGAAUGAACGUAAUCUGGAUCAAUGUAUUAUCGUUACUGGUGAAAGUGGGUCCGGAAAAACCGAAGCUGCCAAACUUGCGCUACAGUAUUUGAUUCGGGGUGAAAGAUCAGCCUACCAAGAUUCAGAUUCCCUUCGAGAUCAACUUUUAUCAAUUUGUCCAAUUCUUGAAGCUUUUGGUAAUGCUAAAACCUUGCACAAUGACAACUCAACUCGUUUUGGAAAAUUUUUAGAACUGGAAUUUGAUUUUACCGGUUAUCUUAUUGGUGGAAGUAUAACUAAUUAUCUUUUGGAAAAAUCUCGAGUGGUUAAACAGUCCAUCGGUGAACGCAAUUUUCAUAUCUUUUAUCAACUUGUUAAAGGCGCUGAUGUCAAUUUGCUCAAAACGUUGAAAUUACAGCGAAACAUGGAAAUGUAUGAAAUAAUGAAAACAUCUCAACCUGAAUUGAUGCAAUUUUUUGAUGAUAAAGAUCAAUUUUUUGAAACAAAACGAUCUAUGGAGAUCAUUGGGUUCACCCCGGAGGAAAUAUUAUGUAUCUUUUGCAUAGUUGCAUCUAUACUUAAAUUAGGUAAUUUACAAUUUUUACCUCGUGCCAAUAUGGAUGGGACUGAGGGUUGCUCAUUAUUAAAUGAUUACGAACUGUACGAGUUCUGUGAAUUAUUAUUGAUGGACGUUAAUUGUGUCGAGGCUGCCUUAACCCAACAAACAGUUGAGACUCGCCAUGAAAUAUUGGUAACUGAUCUUUCAGCUACAGAGGCUAACAAUGCUCGAGAUGCCUUAUGCAAAGCAAUAUAUAAUCGACUUUUUACUUGGCUAGUCAAUAGGAUUAAUGAAUCGUUGAAAGCUAAACGAAUUGGUAAACGAAGGGUAAUUGGAAUAUUGGAUAUUUAUGGUUUUGAAGUGUUCGAGACAAAUGGUUAUGAACAAUUCUUGAUUAAUUAUUGCAAUGAAAAGCUUCAUCAAAUUUAUGUUGAUGUUGUACUCAAAGAGGAACAAGAAGAAUAUAUUAGAGAGGGAAUUCAAUGGAAAAAGAUUGAUUUCUUCAAUAAUUCAACAAUUUGUGAUCUAAUAGAAAAGAAUAAUAGUGGAAUCUUAUGGAUGUUGGAUGAAGAAUGUCUUCGAAGCAAUCAAAUAUCGGAUGAAACUUUUCUUCAUCAGAUAAGCACUGCCUUUCAGGAAAAUGCCUACUUUGAGAGUCAAGAAAGUCAUGGAUGUAAAAGUUUCUUCAUUCCUCACCAUUGUUCAACUGAAUUACAUUCAACAUCAACUUCACAUUCUAAUCUACUCCUUCUCAAUACACUUCCUUUUUCCUGUUUCCGUUUGAGACAUUUUGCUGGACCGGUUACUUAUUCUGUUUCUGGGUUCAUCGAGAAAAACAAGGAUCACCUUUAUCGUGAUUUAUCCAUGGCAAUGUUCGCCUCUGACUUACCUUUGAUGAAAACAUUAUUUCCUGAAGGUAACCCAAAACGAACCAAUUUAAAGCGUCCGGCUACAAUUGCGGUACAAUUUAAAAUCUCAAUGGAAGCUUUGAUGAAAAAUAUUCAUUGCAAACAGCUCAAUUUUGUUAAAUGCCUAAAACCAAAUGAUCUUUGUCAACCAGGAAUCUUUCAAGCUGAUCUAGUUUCCCAUCAGGUUAGAUGUUUACUUCUCCUAGAGACAACCAAAUUACAACGAGCAGGUUAUUUUUACAAAAAUGAUUACAUCUCAUUCCUAAAACGAUACAAAAUGUUAUCGCCCGUUACUUGGCCUACAUGGCCAGGUUUAUCAGCCCUGGAAGGGGUUACUCUUUUGCUCAAAGACUUGCCCGUUUAUAUGCCUCAAUAUGUUUUUGGAAGAACCAAAAUUUUUGUUAAACAUUACAGAACUGUUAUUGAAUUGGAAGAGUUGAGAUCUGAAAAACUCGAUGAAUUGGUAACAAUGCUUCAGAAACUAUGGCGAGCUUGGAUUUGUAGGAAAAAAUUCACCUCCUUAAGAAGAAGUCAAAUAAUCAUUGCUCAUAAUUAUCGCAUAUGGAAGAGACGACGAUAUUUACUUUGGUUAGCAAGGAAUUUACCAUCAGUAUCGCCAACUUGUCGUGAUUGGCCUCCUUGCCCAGAAUCUCUUAGAGCAACGAGUAGCUAUUUAAGGAAAUAUUAUCACCGUUGGAGAUGUUUUAAAUAUCGACAAAAAUUUGACCAAAGAAUGAGAGAAAAAGUCACUGCAAGUUUAAUCUUUAAAGGUAAAAAGAUAUCUUACCUUAAAAGUGUUUCACAUAUUUCGUAUCCAUUUCGUGGUGACUAUGUGAGAUUACGGCAAAAUUUAAAAUGGAAACGAAUCGCAUCGGAAACUGGAGAUCAAUAUGUUGUUUUUGCCGAUAUUGUCAAUAAAAUAACUCGAAGUAGUGGAAAGUGUGUCCAAAAACUUCUAGUCAUCAGUACUUGUUCAAUGAUUGUUAUGGAUCAAAGGACAUUACAAAUUAAAUAUCGGAUUCCUAUUUCAGAAAUAUUCAGGAUAUCAAUGAGUCCUUUUUCAGAUGAUAUUGUCAUCAUACAUGUUCGUUGUUCUGAAGCAACUAAACGACGAGGAGCAUUUGUAAUGGAAUCUGGUCAUGUUAUUGAAAUUGUAACUAAAUUAUUUCUUGUUAUACAAAAUGCUACAACUAAACAGCCUGAAGUUCAAAUAGCUACAGAAUUUGAAGCAAACUUUGGUAAAGAAAAUAUUCUGGUUUUAUUCAGGUGUUCAAAUCCCGAGGGCUCUGGCCCAGCCAAGAUUAUACGCAAAACUGCCAAACUGGAAGUGGUCCUUUGAUGAAGAUUGGCCUUAAUUUAUGAUCUGU